AUGUUCUGUCCGUCACCAUAUAAUGUGCAGGAGCUUUAUGGCUUCGAUAUCAUCCUUGAUGAAAAUCUUAAGCCCUGGCUUUUAGAAGUCAAUAUAUCCCCAAGUUUGAACAUUGACUCCGAACUUGACUUCAAAGUGAAAGACAAAGUGGUUGUUGACAUGUUAAAUUUAACAGGGAUCCAUCUUCCCUCUGAAAGUGAUAUUUCCAGGUCUAUGUCUGAGUUAAUACAAGAAAGACAUCCCCAACCUUCAGGAGCAUGUGUUCUGAGGAAGACUACAAAACGAAGUUAUUGGGCCAUGCUAUCUGAUGAAUGCCCUCCACCAAGUAAGAUUCAAGGAUCGAGAAGAUCAUCAACAGACAAUAAGAAGCCACCAGCUCCAACGCAUCCUUGGCAUUUAGAUUGUCGAAUAAUUCAAUCAAAACUGGGACCAGAUGAAGUAUCCAAGCAAAAUUUCUAUGAAAGUCGAUCGCUUAAGAGGAAAGGAAGAGCAGUCAGGCAAUACAAAUCAACAUACUCUCGAACACCUUCACUCCAGCCUUUACCACCAUCAACACCAAAUCUUUUAGAAUCUAAUUAUUCUGAAGCAUCUACUAGCUCUUCUCAGACAGUAUCUCAAGGCACCGAUCCUGAAUCCGCCAAUUUUGAUGCUUAUUUGAAAGUAGUUGAAGAGCGUAAACGGUUGGCACAGUUGAAAAGGGACGUUAAGAAUAGUCCCUACAACUGCCCAUGGCUGAAGAGUCGGAUUUCAGUAUCUCUGGCUUUCCGUAGCUGUCUUCUUGCUUCCCAGUAUCUUUGGCUUUCCGUAAGCUGUCUUCUUGCUUCCCAGUAUCUCUGGCUUUCCGUCCUGGAUAUGGAUCUCGGCUUUCCGUCGUUGUCUUUAGGACUGGACACCGAAUCAGGUGCGUCGUUGUCUUUAGGGCUGGACACCGAAUCAGUAUCUCUGGCUUUCCGGAGUAGCUGUCUUCUUGCUUCCCAGUAUCUCUGGCUUUCCGUAGCUGUCUUCUUGCUUCCCAGUAUCUUUGGCUUUCCGUGUUUUGCCAGGCAAUCCUGUCCGGUACGUUGUCUAAACUCAGCAACGGCUUCGAUUCGUGUAUACUCCCAAUCUUUGAAGGUGUUUUGCCAGGCAAUCCUGUCCGGUGGUAGUCUAAACUCAGCAACGGCUUCGAUUCUUGGAAACCGUGUCAGUCGGGUAUGUCGGAGAGUGCCACUGUCCACUGUUUCUCUGUCGGCUAUGUCGGAGAGUACCACUGUCCACUGUUUCUCCCUUCUUCGAGCUUAA